CACCUCGCACUGUCAAGAGCACUGGGAAGGGCAUUCCAACAACUACCUUUAUUGUGGAGGAGAGGAAGAAUGAUGACGUCGAAGACAUUACAUUUUUUACUUCAGGUGGCAUUUGUCUCCUUGACCGCCAGUCGACUGACUCUGCUUCGUACCAGUCCUGAAGCACUGACUGUGGCACACGAGGUGAUAAACAUAAUUCUAAAGUCGGUGACGCCCUCUUCCUGCUCCGUCUUUCUUGUUACGGAUGGGAGCACCUCAGUCACAACUGUUCGUAAGGGUGUUGAUCAGCUGGAGGCACCGAAGGGUGUAGGUGUGUUCGAGGUGGCAGUGGACGGCCAGGACGCUAACGUGACCCAGGCGCAGCUCUCCCGGGUCGUCGACGAGGCUCGGCGGUCCCAAUGGUAUCAAGAGAGGUUGAGUGGACUGGCUAUGCUCGCCAUUGAAAAGGAACUGACAGCAAGUUUGUGCUAUCAUGAACUGAUAGAAGAGUUUGCUGGAAAGAAAGCAAGCAAGCAAGGAAGGAAAGUUAUUGCAUAA